UGCAGUCCUCUCUGUAAACCUUUAAAGACGAAAACCCACCACCAAAAUACAAACUCCAUAGAGAGCUUUGAUCUUAUAAUCUCUCUCUCUCUCUCUCUCUCUCUCUCUCUCUCUCUCUCUCUCUCUCUCAUGGAUCUACUGGCAGUAGCAUGUCUUUCACUCGCUGGUUGUCUGGUCUCCUACAUGUUGAGAUGGGUUCUUGAGUGGAGGAGCCAGAGAUGCUACAUGCUUCACUACGAGUGUUACAAGGGCAGAGACGAGAUGAAGCUCAACACCGGGAAAUGCGCAGAGGUCGUGCAACGGAACAAGAACCUGGGUCUUGAAGAAUACCGCUUUCUCCUGCGGACCAUGGUCAGUUCGGGCAUAGGGGAGGAAACUUACGGCCCAAGAAACGUGCUCGAAGGCAGAGAGGAAAACCCUACCCUCCCCGACGCCCUCUCGGAGAUGGACGACAUCAUAUUCUCCACCACCGACAAUCUCUUCCGGAGGACUGGCGUUUCCCCCUCGGAAAUCGACAUCCUCGUUCUGAACGUCUCGCUCUUCGCCCCGGCCCCUUCGCUUGCUUCCCGAGUGAUAAACCGGUACAAGAUGAGGGACGACAUCAAGUGCUAUAACCUGUCCGGAUUGGGGUGCAGUGCCAGCGUCAUAUCGAUAGAUCUCGUCCAGAGACUGUUCAAGACGUGCAAGAACUCGUUGGCACUCGUUGUCAGCACUGAAACGAUGGGUCCUCACUGGUAUUGCGGCAAGAACAGAUCAAUGAUGCUCUCAAACUGCCUGUUCCGAGCAGGCGGGAGCUCGGUUCUGUUGACGAAUGACCCGAGGCGGAAGAACAAAGCUAUCAUGAGGCUAAAGACCGUUGUCCGAGCCCAUGUCGGAUCUGACGACGACGCCUAUUCUUGUUGCAUUCAGAUGGAGGAUAAAGAAGGGUACCAAGGCUUUCUCCUCACCAAAUACUUGAAGAAUGCCGCGGCUAAGGCCCUGACAAAGAAUCUCCAAGUUCUUCUUCCUAAAGUCUUGCCCAUGAAGGAACUACUUCGUUACGCGAUAGUUCGGUCUCUGAAGAAGAAAACGAAAGGCGAAUCCUCGGGCGGCGGGAUCGGACUCAACCUAAAAACCGGGUUGCAACACUUCUGUAUCCACCCCGGAGGAAGGGCAAUCAUCGAAGGGGCGGGAAAGAGCUUAGGGCUCAACGAAUAUGACAUCGAGCCAUCGAGAAACGCUCUUCACAGGUUCGGUAACACAUCAUCCGGUGGGCUUUGGUACGUUUUGGGAUAUAUGGAGGCGAAGAAGAGAUUAAGGAAAGGCGAUAAGCUUCUUAUGAUAAGCAUGGGUGCAGGCUUCGAAUCUAAUAACUGCGUUUGGGAUAUAAUGAAGGAUUUGGACGACGAAAACGUGUGGACGGACUCGAUCCAACGUUACCCCGAGGCGGCGAAAGUCCCGAAUCCGUUCAAGGAGAAGUUCGACUGGAUCAACGACGAGACGUUGAGCUCCGUCCGGAUCGCUUAGAAGCUAUAGAGAGAAAGCUCAAACACGUUUCCAAGGUAGGACAGAGGGGGAGGCCCCGACCACCUCUGCAAGUGGCACCUUCGUUGAAUGAAUUUGGUUGGUAAUAUACCAAUUUUGCGAUGAUGUUUCCUAUUGAACAAUAAAUGAUUUUUAAUAGUAAUAUUUUCUGUUUUUAUUUUUCUACGACAAAUUGGUGUAAUAAAAAUUGGAGCAAAUGGCUACUUUUGUGCAUUUAAGUCUCACAUUCUCAGGUAGCAAAAGAUUGUAUUUUUUUAUAUUUCAUAUAGGUGAUAUUGUACAAAGUAAAACAUAUAUGUAAUAUCGAAAUAAUAAUAAUAAUAAUGAU